AUGGACACAAACUGGCUGACUGCACGCAAUAACCAUACAUACGAAAAUGGCCGCCGCUACUACGGCUUCAGGUCCGAAUUCCCCUUCCCAGACGACAAAACGGCCGUCACAGCACACGGUGCCAUCAAUGGCAUCUGGCAUGACCUCCUAAACGGCAGAACCUUUAUUGCCCCCAUAGACCCGAUCCAGAAAAAACACAAGUUUCUCGAAUUCGCUACCCGUAGCGGCUCCUGGACGCUCAUGGUACUGCAGCGACACCAUCCUGCCCCGCGCUUGACGGGCAUGGACGUGACCCAAAUGUCUACGGAUCUCCGGUAUUUCGAGAACCACGAAAUUGAAGGCGAGUGGCCGUUUACGGCAAAACAGGCAUUUCAUUUGAUCCAUGCGCAGUCCUUAGGCGGGGUGAUUGCCGACUAUGGCGGCUUCUACGCUAAUGCGUUCCGGCAUCUUCUUCCGGGCGGGUGGUUGGAAGUGUGGGAGAACGACUUCCACUUCGUUACUGACAACCCACAAAAUGAGACCCGUUUAAUGGCGCUUAGGGAAUGGGAGGCGCUGAUGCAUGAGGCGGCGGCUAGGUUUGGCAGGAGAAUUAACGUGGCAGCCGAGCAGAAGGAGCUAAUGCACUCAGCUGGCUUUGUACAAGUCAACGAACGGGUAUUUAAAGUUCCCUUUGGUGACUGGAGUGAUGAGCCAAAUUUGAAACGCAUUGGGCAUUCCUAUGUAUUUCAAAUGCAAUGCGCGCUGGAGGGAUAUACACUGCGUCUAUUCACCAAGACAUUGGGCUGGUCAAAGGAAGACACUGAUGCCCUAAUUCAUCGGGUGCAGGAGGAACUAAAGCAAGAGGAUCUGCGGCUCUAUUCAUAUUUUCAUCUCUUCAUAGGGCAGAAGCCCGCAAACGCCGCUCGAAAAUAA